CCUGUCAGCAAUUGUAAUAAUGCGAACAUUUCGCUGAGCUCAGAAUAGGCAGCCUAUCGCACUCGCAAAGCAGAGGUUUGACUGUCAAGUACAACAUUGUAGGUCGCUACGAUAAGCGUUUAUCUACCUCGUAGCGCACUAUCGCUUCUCCCGUAUAAAAACGAUACGUUUGCCCUCACCCUGAUAACAUUGAGGGGUACUCAGCGUGUGCGCUUUCGUCUCGAAGGAAUGAAAGGUCGCCACGAACUAACAAAGCCUUCCAGAGAGCUCAGCAGACCUACAGCAGUUGAAAUGUCUAAGCCUGGUUUGCAAAGCGCUGCGCUCGUUUUGGGAAAACCCUGCAAGAUGUCAGUCUAGAAAAUUGCAUUGAGUGCAGUCUCUAGUUUUGUCACUUUCUUCAAGCGAGAGUGCGCUUAGUUCCGAGUGUCACCGUUUUCUUCCUCGUUCUUCGAGAUAGCUUCAAGACAACACAAAACUGCAUUGGAAUUUUUCACAAUGGCCUUACACAAUUCGGCAUGUCUUGACCACCUGGUUUCAGAAAGACUUCCCAGACAAAGUAUUCACCAGUUGCAUCCAUGCUGUCCAAGAGAUACUUCCAUCGGUUAGGGGAGGAAACAAAGAACACGUAUAAUAUCUAAGUUACACUAAAAAAAUUUACUGCCAUAAGGCAACUGUCAACACUACACGCGCCAAUUAAGUUUACUGAAUUAUCAGCGCACUAAACGCAGACUGCCAAUUCGUUCAGGUGUUUGAGCUGUUCGAUUUGUGCUUGCAGUCCUUAGUAUUUUCCAGACAUUUUACUCGCGCUAUCGUACGCUUGGCCCCUGCAAUUGUCCACUUAGACGCCGUUUGUCGUCAGGAGGGACAUCACGGUAUCGCACAAAUACAAGCUGGCGUGGGAUCGGGACAAACCCAAGAAAGCGUUCCUGCAGCUUUGACAUUUAUACAGCAUCAUAAAACUGACCACUCAUUAACGUGAGUAAGACCUCAAGUCAAAUCAGCAAUUAAAAAGAAGUAUUUUGCCCGUUUCACUUCGUCAAUGAUACGAUCUUUGACACCUAUUGCCAUAUUCUCGAUAAAUUCAUUCCAAAUAUCCUUUGACAGGGAUGACGGGUGAUCUUUGCCCUUGUUCCCAUAGCGUUUGGUGUGUUCCUUCAGAAAAGGAUCCAACUAGGCAAUGAGCUCAAGGACUCCCAUGUAAUUGCCAUUUCUCGGAGAACCAAAAACCUCCUCACUGCCGCUGAACGUUUGGCUGCGCUCAGUUAGAAGCUUAACUACUACGACUACAGGCUUCAACACCUCUCUCCAGUAAGCUAUCUGAGUGACGGGAUACUCAACCAGUUCCUCAUCAAUUGUGCAGCAAAAGUGGCAGCGGACAAGCCAUGCUGCCACGCAGUUCCGGUGUUCGACACUGUUUUCACAUUCACUGGACCUUCCCUCUCCGUUAUAUCGAGUGACAGCCGACGACUGGGACGACAAUGCCUUUGAACUUGGAGAAAUUCCUUCAAAGCGGCGAUCACGCCGAUGUGGAGUUCGUCGUGAAACCGGAAAAACUCGACAUCUCGAAGACGUUCAAGGCCCACAAGCAAUUACUGGCCUUAAGUAGCGAAAUUUUCGAAGCCAUGUUCUACGGUCAGCUUGCCGAAAAAGACAGCAUCGUCAUCACGGACCUCCACCCUGAUGGAUUCUACGGCCUCCUGAAGUACGUGUACGCGGGAAAGGCCAGGAUCGAAAACUGUUUCGAAGCCUUGCACACAAUGGCUGCAGCAGAGAAAUAUCGCUUCGAAGAUCUCGCAAAUUCUUGCCUGGUCUACCUUCGGAAGCACGUCGACGUCAAAGAAGCGUGUCUCGUGCUCGACUGUGGCUUCGAGAGCGGCUAUGGAUCGCUUGACAAAGUGGCAGACGCGGUGCUCGCUAACCUAGGCAAGGCGGCGCUGCAUUCGGCAUGGUUCCUCAAUAGCCGUCUGGAGGUGGUGCAUCUUGUUCUGGACGAGGUGUCAGGCGUAGAAGAGAUCGAUGUAGUUCGUGCCACGAUAAAGUGGGUGCGAUCAUAUUGCGAGACUGGUGCCAUGGACUUCAGGACGACUAUUUACGCGUUCCUGCCGAAGCUGAGGUUCUUGGCGCUGUCACCGUCGGAAUUCGUGGAGUUCAUCACCUCCGAGGACGGGCAAGGUGUGAUGGAAAAAAAAGACGCGUUCGCCAUUUUGUGCAACUUGAUCCACAAAGGGCGCACAGAGGGCGCACUACCAGAAUGGGUAUGCCGAGAGAAAACCUCACGCCGUCCGAAAUUGCAAGAUUACCUGUGGGGCUAAUAGCCUAAGCUAUAGUGGAAGCCCCCCACUUUACGUCUUGCAGAGACAGUUUCGUCUGGUAUUACGGUGACAAGUCUGUCUUGCAAGACUUUUGAAAGAGCUUUUAGGGCACUCUAAUCCAACUCAUUUCUCAAUUUGAAUGUACGUUAAGCGGAGAAGAUAUCUUGUUGAGCAACCACUGUGCCUGUUUGACUGAAAUGUGUUGUAUUGAAAAUAGAUAAAUGGCGUAACCGGUGACAGCAGAGUUCUAUAAUUCCGAGUAAGUAACUUAUUAUGUAAGUGAAAGAGAAAUAAUCACCAAAUUUUAAACUUCAACUGCGCAGCAAAAACAGACGUCAAUAUUUCACCCUUCUUAUGUCACAAAUAAUUACGCUUUUACGCGAGUUCUGCCAGAAGUGCUGUUCACAGAACGCAGUGUGCAUAGGAGAGGUUGGAGAAAUGGCACUAAUGUUUCCAACCAACGUAUAUACUAUGUUGAUUAGCUCAACGAGUACUACUCUAUGGCAGUUUACAAAAUUCAAUUAGCUCGUUUGCUUUCCUUCGUUAAUGGGCAACAAAUAAGCAAAUUUGAUGCUUAAUUUAAAACACUUAAUUCAGUAAAUUGCCACCAUUUCUUUGAAAAUGUCUCCUCCCAACUGUAGCUGGGUUUUUACUCUUUUAUAUAACUGCAGCAGGUUACACGCAAAUAGAGACAACGAUUGUUUAGAAAGAGCAUCCGUGUGUCUCGCAGACGUUCGCAUGGAAAGAAGUGUAGGCAACUCUUACUCUCGUGUAAUUAUUCAUAAAAAGUUCAUAUGCACGCUUGCCGAGAUGUACAGCGCUGCAUUUCUUGUCAAAAGCCACCGUAAAGAUCGAUUUCGGCGAGAUGUAUGCUGUAUUUUAUUUUUAUAUCUGCUUCUGUAUCGGGUUAUGUGUCGAGCGAGAGCCUUCGUAUUUUACUGUUGUGUAAUCAUGAACGUAUACGUCAAUACUGUCAAACAGGUACGUCUCCACGUGUACUUAACUGUUUAAGUCAAACAUUUGUUUCUUUAGUUGUUGAUAUCGUCAAGCUUUAAUUGGCGUGUUUUUCUGCGAUGACUGUGUCAGAUUGUUGAAAGUAGGUUACGUUAACUGUUGUAUGUGUGAAAGUAGGUUGAAAGUACAACUGCUACUCAAGCGACUGCCAAGGCGUGACGCCGCGAGUGUAAUUGCUGGUCUACUUUUAUGUUCACCGUUGAAGUGUUCAAUAAACAUCACGUGAAGCCUA